GCGCGCGUGUCAUGCCGUCGGCCGUGGAAGACCCGCCCAGGCUCGGUUCGGGGGUCACAGCGCGAGUUGCAGCGUCAUUCCGUUUGAAUGAAGUGGAGAGUGACGCCGCUCGCUGCUCCGCACUGAACACAGCGAGCUCCCGCACCCAGCCAGCGCUGCCCAGCACCCAACAUGCCGGUGUUCACAGUCAACGUCAAGUGGGGCAAAGAGAAGUACGACGCGGUGGAGCUGAACACCGAGGAGCCGCCCAUGGUCUUCAAGGCUCAGCUCUUCGCCCUGACCGGAGUGCAGCCCGACAGACAGAAGGUCAUGGUGAAGGGAGGCACGCUGAAGGACGAUGACUGGGGCAACGUGAAGCUGAAAGACGGCAUGACGCUGCUGAUGAUGGGCUCGGCCGAAGCCUUACCCGAGGAGCCUGCUGUCAGGCCCAUGUUUGUGGAGGACAUGACGGAGGAGCAGCUGGCCUCGGCGAUGGAGCUGCCGUGUGGACUCACCAACCUGGGCAACACCUGCUACAUGAACGCCACCGUGCAGUGUCUCCGCUCCGUCCCGGAGCUGAAAACAGCCCUGAGAAGGUACUCCGGGGCCCUGAGGUCCUCGGGCGCCAACGCACCGUCCCAGUACAUCACAGCAGCGCUGCGUGACCUGUACGAGACCAUGGACAAGACCUCCUCCAGCCUCCCCCCCAUCAUCCUGCUGCAGUUCCUCCACAUGGCCUUCCCCCAGUUUGCAGAGAAGGGCGACCAGGGCCAGUACCUGCAGCAGGACGCCAACGAGUGCUGGCUGCAGAUGAUGCGAGUCCUGCAGCAGAAGCUGGAGUCCCUGGAGCCGGAGACGCCCAUGGAGACCGACUCGGACAGCGCGGCCGCCUCGGCGUCUUCAAAGAAGAACUUCAUCGACCAGUAUUUUGGAGUAGAAUUUGAAACCAGCAUGAAGUGCACGGAGUCGGAGGAGGAGGAGCCCGUCCGGGGGAAGGAGAGUCAGCUGCAGCUCAGCUGCUUCAUCAACCAGGAGGUCAAGUACCUGGCGACGGGCCUGAGACUGCGUCUGCAGGAAGAAAUCACAAAAAUGUCCACCACGUUGGAAAGGAACGCUCUGUACAUAAAGUCGUCCAAGCUCAGCCGCCUGCCUGCCUACCUGACCGUUCAGAUGGUGCGCUUCUUCUACAAAGAGAAGGAGUCGGUCAACGCCAAAGUGCUGAAGGACGUCAAGUUCCCUCUGAUGCUGGACGUCUACGAGCUGUGCACCUCAGAGCUCCAGGAGAAGAUGCUGCCCUUCAGGUCCAAGUUCAAGGAGGUGGAGGACAAGAAGCUGGAGAAGCAGCAGCAGAAGUCCACCAAGAAAGCAGGAGCCGCGAAGGAGGUCCAGUACGAGCCGUUCUCCUUCCCUGAAGACUUGGGCUCCAACAACAGCGGCUACUACGACCUGCAGGCCGUGCUCACGCACCAAGGUCGCUCCAGCUCUUCGGGUCACUACGUGGGCUGGGUGAAGAGGAAAGAAGACGAGUGGGUCAAGUUCGACGACGACAAGGUCAGCCUGGUGUCUCCCGAGGACAUCCUGCGCCUGUCCGGCGGCGGGGACUGGCAUAUAGCCUACGUUCUACUGUACGGCCCGCGGCGGCUGGAGAUCCUGCAGGAGGAGGAGGAGGAGCAGUAGCUGAGGGCUCCUGCGUCGGCCAUUUCCAAGCACUGUCUGUAUAGGUGUGCAAUAAACUGGUGUCUUUAGCGCUGCCUCUCUG